UCACACUCGCUAAGUGACUCCGGCACUGAGCGCCUCUCCGCGCCGUCACGACCUCGACCUAUCGCGACUUUUCUAUUUUUGUACUUUUAUACUCGUUCAUUUCUACACCGUUUGUUUUUGUACGUAAUUUUAGUCUAAGUUGAACCACCUGUGAGGAGUUCCGCUACUGAAGGGGAUUACAGAAGUUUUGCUCAUUGAAGAUUUUACAAACACUUCAGGUGUAAUUUGGUAGACGCAACCGCUGGACACAUUCCGUCGUGAGCAAACGUUCAUGCCAACCCCCUCCAGUGACGCAUAGACAACAACAAUGCACAUAGAAGUCCAAGUCGCGCUAAACUUCGUCAUCUCCUACCUGUACAACAAGCUGCCGAGGCGGCGAGUCAACAUCUUCGGCGAGGAGUUGGAGAAGGCGUUGAAAGACAAGUUCAGCGGCCAUUGGUACCCGGAGAAGCCGUUCAAGGGGUCGGCCUUCAGGUGUCUCAAGACCGGGGACCCGGUGGACCCCGUGCUGGAGCGAGCGGCUAGGGAGAGUGGGGUGCCUAUCCAGGACAUCCUGGAGAACCUCCCUCAUGAGCUGGCAGUCUGGGUGGACCCUGGUGAGGUCAGCUACAGGAUCGGCGAGAAGGGUGCGGUCAAGGUGCUCUUCAGCGAGGCUACCGACGUCCACGAAGACAACUCUGCCGACAGAGAGGUCAACAAGACUUUCAACCCGGAGGCUCAGUGCUUCAGGCCCAUCGAGGCGGUCGGUACAGGACUGGCCAACCUGAGUCUGUCACCUCACAAGCCGGCGUCGCCGUUCCCCGUGAGUGCGGCACCCUCCGCGUCCACGUCCCCGGCGCCCCCCAAGACGCCGCCCAGCCCCGCGCCAUCCUUCAUGCCCCGGCCCGCCCAGCCGCUCACCUUCACCACCGCCACCUUCGCCCAGACCAAGUUUGGCAGUACCAAACUCAAAACCAACAGCAAGAGGGCUAACAGGAUGUCACCCACGGAGUUCUCCAACUACAUCAAGCAGCGGGCAAUGCAACAGCAACUCCAUCACCCGCCCACGUCUCCGGGUGCCCGGAGUCUCUCCCCCGCCCACCACCCAGCGGCCGCCCAUCCCGGAGCUGACUACUUCUUCCCCCAGUCGGGCUACCACUACUCGGGCUAUCCUCAUCUGCCUGAUCUCUACCACCCCAAGUUCCCCUCGUCCUACCUGGAGCCCGGAUCUCAGUACUACGGGCCAGUGCCGGGCUCCGCCCCCGGACCUCUCUCGCAGCCCCAGCCCUCGGAGAAACAACAACUCCUCGAGUCCAUCAACAACUUCGGCUUGGCCUCCUACCCUGCGGCGGCUGGCACCCCCUACCAGCACCUCCUGGUCGCCAACUAACCCCCCAGCAACAUACAAGUAUUAUAAAUUGUUAUCUUUUUUUAAUUAAUUCUAAAACGUUAAAAAAUACCUUUGUAAAUUUUAUAUAUAUCCGAUUUUUUAGUGAUUUUUUAUAUCUUCGUCGUUUAUGACGUAUUAGUUGAAGUUAGAGUCGGUUUAGAGCCGUUAGUGUGAACAAGCCUUUCUGAGAUCCGGCACCGCCUCCUCCCUACAAUAUACACUCCCGUCUCCUCGCACGCGAGCCACACUUGAGUCAGUUAUUGCAACAUGUUUAGUUGACAACUUAUACAAAAGUCUUUGUUAUAAAUUUUAUUGGUUAUUUGUUAAAAAUAUACUUGAUCCAAAUGAUGAAUUUAGUUUGUUGUUUAAGCUCAAUAGAUUUUAAAUUUAGUCGAGUUAAUUUGUUUGAUGAUUUAAGUUCACAUUUCCAAAUUUAUUAAUAUAAAUUAUUCAAGCUGUGAGCAACUUACCCAGCUUCAAUCCUCCGCCAAGCCGUCCCACCUGCAUGCCAACUCCUCGCUCAAUAAGGCUAUUCACAUUUUCCCAGUAUUUCUCUUCGUAGGAUAAUUUUAUAUCAAUUUUAUAUUCUCUUUUGUACUUUCUGUAAUUAUUUACCCACAGAUUCUCAUCUCUAGAUGUUUCACUGCGGAAUCACUAAAGUUGUCCAUCCUCGGGUCCGUUUUCGGCUCGGCGGACCCGUCUCAGCGUAGUUAUAAGCGUAUUAGUCCGGCUUAUAUGUGUCUAGACCCUGUAAACGUAAAUGUAAGGGAACUACGCGACUCUUCUUUUUACAGUGGAAACGUAAUCAAAAUCUAUGUGAAUUUUUUGUUACAAGUUUUUCAGUAUACCGUACAGUGGGUACUAGACUUCUUUUUUAUUUUAAAGCGUAGAGAAAAUAAAAUUAUGUUAGUAGAUAAGUAAAUCGUUAAUAUUUUUCUAAUUUUGUAAUAAAAUAGUUGUGUUAACUAAAUAAAUAAGAAGGAUAUAAAGUACAUACUCAAGAAGUGUGCAACUAGUCAUGUACGGAAGAGGCAGCUAGCAGCAGAAGCUGGCGGAAAGUCGCCAGUCGGGACGAUGGACAAUAUAUGCCGCACCGUAUUGUUGUAGUAUCUGUUUUGUUUUUUUACUUUUAUAUCUCUAUAAGGGCGGCCAGGUACUAGCGAAGACUGUGGCCAGCGGUCCCGGCUGGUGUACAGGGCUGUGGUUUCAAGGGGUGUUCCCUCGUUCAUAAUCUUCGAUGUGAUUGUUACUUGUAGACCUUAACUUCUUACAUAUAUAUUUUUUAAAGUGAAACCGCACUACGUUAUUCAUGCAUGGAGUAUAUAUUAUAGAUUCGUUUAAUCGAUACAGAUGAUGUUUGUACUUUAGUAUUUUUGUACUGUGACUAUCGAUAAAGCUGUAAAAAGUAGUUUAGAUUUACAUAGUUUUUAAAAUAGUUUAUUAUAAUCUAUGUGGUUGUGUUCCUUUUUCACUGAUUUUCACCGACACUGUUAAAGAAUCUAGUUUGGUAGUUAGUCGCUAUUGUUUAUACUUUUACAGCUGGAUUUAAAUGUUCUGAUGAGGGUGUAUGUGUUGUGUUCUGUACAUGAGAGGGUGUUAGCAUCACUGUAUGUAGGGGCAACCUACCCCUGCUGCGGUGGUCACCAACCGGUGUCGUAAGUUACCUGGAUUUGUUUCAACUUGUUGGCCUACAAGUAAUGGAACAAUUCUACACAAAUAUCUAUAUUUCGUUUGUUAUGUUUCAUAUAUUAUUUUUAUUUAAGAGUUUAGCUUGGAAAAUGUUGUUAUUAUUUUUGUAUAAACUUCUUUUUAUCACUUUUGUCACAAUGAUUUAUCUUUUGAAAUAAAAUUUGAUAAAUAACGGUUUGUUUUUAGUUUUUCCUUUUUUAUUUUUUUCACCUACUCUAAGAAACACUUGGUGUUAAGAUACGUAAAUGAUGUAUUGCAGACAAAUAGAUAAAUUAUCAGGGAUACGAACAGUAUAGUGGUUAAAUAUCUAACUAAACUAAGUAGUUAAUUUUCACAAAUUCGUAACUCAAAUAGACUUAACACUUUUAGUUGGGGUCGCCCUUGACAACGCAACUCAAAAACUAGUUUAUAAAUUAGAUAGAAAAGUAUAUCAAUUUUCAGUAUAUUUUCCAGGAAUUGACAGUUACCUUUUUUAGAACUGUAUAACAAUUUUAAGUGUAUUUCAGGUAAAAAAAUAGUAAAAUAUAUUAGCCAAUUUACAGUUAUGUUUCACAAUAAAGUUACCAAUUUGAUGUCUAGGCCUGGGGCUUAUCCGUGUUUUUUGUGUCACUAUUUUUCUAUAAAUGUUAGGUAAAGCUCGCAUAGGCCUAACUUGCAUGUCUCACUGUCAUAGAUGUCGCCACUCCUGUGUAUAAAUGUGAAUAAACUAUAUAUGUAUAUACAUAUACUUUUUCAUAAUGUUGUAAUGAAGUUACAAGUUUUUAAGUUUAUAUUAAACUGGUUUCGCGCAUUCAUAA